UAGACGGAGAAUUUGGUUAAUGAAUUUUGUCCACAAAAAAAGAUAGAUCGAUCGAGGGCGAUGCCAAGCGGUGGAAACGGAGUCGGUAACGGCGCAGGCACAAGCGGAGGUAGUCAGACGUUCAAGCCUUACCGUCACCUGAAAACCCUAGAAGGGCACACGGCGGCGAUCUCGUGCGUGAAAUACUCCAACGACGGAAACCUUCUGGCCUCCGCCUCCCUGGACAAGAGCAUGAUCCUAUGGUCGGCAACGAACUACUCCCUGAUCCAUCGAUACGAAGGACACUCGAGUGGUGUCUCGGAUCUAGCAUGGUCCUCCGAUUCGCACUACACGUGCUCGGCCUCGGACGACUGCACGCUUCGGAUCUGGGACGCACGGGCUCCCUACGAGUGUCUCAAGGUGCUGAGAGGCCACACCAACUUCGUCUUCUGCGUUAACUUCAACCCUCCCUCGAAUCUGAUCGUGUCCGGUUCGUUCGAUGAGACGAUUCGGAUCUGGGAGGUGAAGACGGGCAGGUGCGUGCGCGUCAUUAAGGAGGCUCACUCGAUGCCUAUUACGAGCGUGCAUUUCAAUCGCGACGGGUCCUUGAUUGUGUCGGGGAGUCACGAUGGGUCCUGUAAGAUAUGGGAUGCCAAGGAAGGGACUUGCUUGAAGACUUUGAUUGAUGACAAGUCUCCUGCUGUUUCUUUCGCCAAGUUCUCCCCUAAUGGCAAGUUCAUCCUCGUUGCCACUCUUGAUAGUACUCUCAAGCUCUCUAACUAUGCUUCUGGCAAGUUUAUAAAGGUAUACACAGGACAUACCAACAAAGUGUUCUGCAUCACAUCCGCCUUUUCUGUGACCAACGGCAAGUACAUUGUCAGCGGAUCUGAAGACAACUGUGUCUAUCUCUGGGAUCUUCAGCAUAAAACUAUACUGCAGAGACUACAAGGCCACACUGACGCUGUCAUCUCUGUCACUUGCCAUCCUCUUCACAACCAGAUUGCUUCUUCCGCUAAUCAUUUAGAUAGAACCAUCAGGAUUUGGAAACAGGAGGAUGCUUAGAACAACAUACCAACAAUGUAAUUUGCCUUGUCAGAUUUGAUUAUACACCUUCAGGUGUGAGUGAUUGCAAUGUAAAAUCUGCUGCAUGGUGGUCAUGAAACCAUACUAUCACAUGUUAUUAAUAUCCACACUUUCUAUCUUAUUUAUCAAACUUACAAUGUACUGAAUCAAUAUCAAGUCCCCUGCGAUUAGUGAA